CCGCUUUUCUUCAGUAUUCUAUCCUAUGUGAGGACAUUAUGUGUGCAUAAACAUAAAUAAUGCUAGCUUUGGCUCUUAUCAUAAAUUUGCCAGUGCAUUGAAGCCUUCCUUCUUAUGCUGUAACAUCACGUGUUACCUACUAGUCAACAAAUCUAGAGACUUGGUCAAUUUUUGAGAUUGGUAUUUUAAUAAUUCUGUUCUUUACUUUUACACAAAUGUCAUUGCUCUCUAUAAUUAUUUAUAAACUUUGAAAAUACCAAUAUUUGGAUUUUUCGAUUUUAAUCAACGAUUUAUUAAAGAGUUUUAACUGUUUGUAAAGGACUCUUCAUCGGGUUUAUAUUUAUAAAGUCAGUAGCUUAGAUUUGUCUGUAUAACUAAUGUCAAAAUGGACCGUUAAAUUAAAAUUAAAAAUUUAAUCUUGUUUCCUUCAAAAUUUAACUUAAAUCAGUGAUGUUAGUUCAAAUUUUAUUACACUUAGUCUAUUGCAGUGGUUAAAUGACCAAAUGAACUCACAAAAUGUUCCUAGGUAAAGAUAUCACAAUCGUUCUUUAUUUAACAAAAAUUUCAAUAUAUCAUUCAGGAAAUUGAUACAAAUGUGAAUUCAUGCUGACAGAUUUUUAGGAAUUUAGAAUGUCAACUAUGGAAGAGCUUAGCCUAGAGGAGAGGCUCAGGUUCCACAAGACUUUCAAAACUUUGAAAUCGGCUUGUGACAAGAUCGCGCUGAGCCCCAAUAAGCAGUCCUGCAAGGAAUUGAACUCGGCGUUGAAGGGGCUUGAUCCUGCAAUGAUAUCCCAGUUCAAAAGCUAUAUAUUCUUUCCAAUUUUUAUUCACCUUGGGAAUAAAAAGGCGCAAAAGAGAGAAACUGUCUGCCACUUGCUUGACUCCCUUCAAGCUGUCUUGGAAAUGACAUUAGUCGAGGAGAGUUCACACUUUUGGCGAAUUUUCUCAUUAAUACUCCUGCAAUUAGAUGAUUCAAAACCGGAAACUUUGUUGGAACUACCAGAAGAGUUAAAAUUAAUGGUUGUGAAAUGUUUAAACACGUUGCUAAACAAAACUUCGAAGACUGUUCUUGAGGACGUUUACUCUAGAAAUUAUUAUCCAAAAAUAAGCAUAGCCAUGUACAGCUGCAUACAAAUAGCAAAAAGUGAAAAAUUUAUUACUUUAAGGCUAGAAGCUUUGCAAUGCUUGUUGACUUUUAUACAAGCACAUGAAAAGUACCAAGAUCCCGACUUUAAAGAACGUGUUGCGAGCAUCAUAAUGCUGAUGGUGCCUGGCAUUAUGUCAGUUUGCAUUGAAGUCGUAACAAAUUCUAUAACGCAAAAUCACAAAUUGAUUUUGAUCGCCAUCCAGAUAUGGGGCAGGACGAUUGGACUUGUUAUGGAAGACAGCUUGUUGUACGGCCCGAUUCCUAAGGUCUUCAAAAUGAACCCAAACACAAAGCCAAUUGAUCAGCUCAAACCAAACACCCCGGAGGAUAUGAAAAUGAUCAUCAACGGCCAGAAAAGGGACAAAAAUUGGCUAGAAACAACUGGGAAAAUGUUGUCAAAAGUAGUGGUGGUCAUGGUUCAGCAAAUGCAGCAUGAGAAUUGGAGAGUUCGUAAAAAGCUGGUCUUGGAAAUCGAUUACAUUCUUUCCGAAGCUUCUAGGUCAAUGGUUUCCUCUCUGAAUUUUCUUAUUGACACUCUUAUAAUAUUAUCACAAGAUGAACAUAUAGAAGUUGUAAAGGCUAGUAAAAGAGUAAUAGAACAAUUUUCAACAAAAUGUGAUGCAAAUAAAGAAAGAAAACUUAUGGAAAUUAUUGAAGAAUGUUUAUAUGCUCUACUAACUAGAUUGCCUAGAAUCCUUCGGGGUGUUGAUUUGAGUAUUAAGGAAAGCCAUCUUCAGCUUCUAAGUGGCUAUUUUGAUCUGCUCGGGUCCAAAACCCUUCAGAAGAUAACGAAUUCAGUCCAACAUCUGUCCAGACUUCUCAGGAGCUUGCAAAUUGCAGCCACACUUGAAUGCAACAUGAUCUCUUUGCUUGAAGAAAUGGCGAUCCGAGAGGUUGAUGAAGAGUCGAAUAUUAAAGACAGCGUUUGGAAACAACUAAAAUACGCCAGUACACCAAAAUGCCAACUCUGCCUGGAAAAUGUAUGCAAGAAAUUAGUGGAAUAUGCCGACAUGUCUGUGAUUGUUCAUAGUUUACUUGAUGAGUUCAACUCUAGCACUCAAUAUAGAAAAGAAAUCAUUCUUAUCCUCCACUACAUGUUAUCAACAGAAAAUCCAGGAACUUACAGUGAAAAAGAGGAUCUUUUGCGAAACAUAUUAAUAACAAUAAUGGAACCUUUGUUGGCUUGGAAAUUGCCAGUCACUGUAGGAAAAGAUGGAGCGGAAACUAGGGCUGAAGCACAAGCGAACGUCAUUCAAACCUGCUUGCUGACAGAAUGUGUGGCAACAAUAGCAACAGCCCUAGGAAAAGAUGCUUUUGCACCUCUUAUACUUCGUUGUCUCUACCCACUGCUGGAGAGUGCAGGAAGUCCUCUUUUUGCGAUAUCCAUUGCAGGUUUGAAAUCUGUGAACCGUAUAGCUAGUUUGUACGGUGGAGGUGUUGGCGAUUUGGUGGCGCAAAAUGUCGACUACCUUUCCCAUCAUGUGACAGUAAAUUUAAAAUAUGUUGAAAAAAAUCCAAAAGUGCUGUCAGUACUUUCAGUCAUUAUGAAACAUUCUACGAUUGAUGUGUUACCUUCUCUAUACGAUAUUGUUAAUGAUGUCUUAGUCCAGAGUUGUGACACGUUUCAAGAAGUAAAUUGCUUAGCGUUCCUUCACGUUUUUCACACUUUUGUAUCUUGCUUAUUAGAAUGGUUAAAAAACAAGGCACCUUACAAAAAAGUAGAUACAGAAAUAAAUUUAGUAGCAGAAAGACCAUCGCUCUGUGAAGAACUUUUAGAGUAUCACAAGGCAAUGCAUGAUUCAGAGGCUUGGAUGAGGCCAGAUGAAAACAUCCAAAAUGAAAAUAUCACAGUAGAAGAAAUGACAAAAGGUCGUGAAACAGAGGAAAAAAUAAAACCCCCUGACUAUGUCAAAUUUACCAUAGACAUUUUGAAAAGGAGUCUGCACUUCCUUCCAUCAAAAGACAAGCAGCAACAGAUUAUCGUAUUGCAGAUCCUGGAAAAGGGGAUUUUGAUCCUGUCACCUUGGGAGGACGAUCUUCUUCCGAUAACAUACAAAAUCUGGUCUCCCCUCGUCACUAGGUUUAGCUACAGGAAUAGCCCUUUAAUAAUCCACAGGGCUUUCGUCCUUUUAACAACCUUGGGAAAUACUUCCAAAGACUUCGUCAGAGCCCAGACGUUAAAAGAAGUGAUGCCUUCAUUGUGUAAAGUAUUAAGCGACAGCGCUGAGAAAAGUAAAAAUGAGAAGUCAACAGGUUCGUACGUGCUUUCGCAACAGUAUAAAUUGCAGCUUGCACUUUUGAAAGACAUCGGCACUCUGUGCGCUAAUAUGGAUGUGUUGGGAAAGGAGCUCGAGUGUGUGCUCGAUGCUUUAGACCUUUACCUGAGCAAAUUUCAGCCCAAAGCCCUUCAGGAAGCCUGUCAAUCAUCUUAUUUGAGAAUCGCAUUCAAAGAAGCUAAUGUUGUAUGGGUUCAUUUGAUGUCUAUAAACCCCUAUAAUAGAAAAGUGGCGGCUUCUCAUCAAUUAUUGACCUCAUUUACGGUGAGAGGGAGGAAUGUUGACAUUCACGAAUAUAAGGACAACAUUGAUUCUAUUUUGGGGAGAAUUGUUUAAAAUGCAGAUUCGUAAAAAAAGUAUGACAGUAAAAUUUUUACAUUUUAUAAUCUCUUAUUGC